GUACGAAGAAAGAAGCAUCACAGCACGGCGCAAAAUAUUUGCAACAUAUAUAUAACCCAAACCAUUUCAAUGCCCUAUUGCCAUUCUUGUAUGUAUACUGCAGCUAAGCUAGACAUCGAUCGAGCAUACGUACAAAUCAUCAAUGGCGUCAUUCUCCGUGCUUCUCAUACUCGCCUGUACAAUUCUGGCCUCCGAUGCCGCCGCCGCCGUCCGGGUCGGGCUGACGCGCAUCCACGCCGACCCCGAAGUCACCGCGUCCGAGUUCGUGCGCGGCGCCCUACGCCGCGACAUGCAUCGGCACGCGCGGUUCGCCCGGGAGCAGCUCGCGCCGUCAUCGGCGGCCGCGGCGGGCCUGACAGUCGGCGCGCCAACCCAGAAGGACCUGCGGAACGGCGGCGAGUACAUCAUGACGCUUUCCAUCGGCACGCCGCCGCUGUCCUACCGUGCCAUCGCCGACACGGGCAGCGACCUCAUCUGGACGCAGUGCGCGCCCUGCGGCGACACUGUCACUGACACCGACAACCAGUGCUUCAAGCAGUCCGGGUGUCUGUACAACCCGUCCAGCUCGACCACGUUCGGCGUGCUCCCCUGCAACAGCCCGCUGAGCAUGUGCGCCGCAAUGGCCGGGCCGAGCCCGCCGCCCGGGUGCGCGUGCAUGUACAACCAGACCUACGGCACCGGGUGGACGGCGGGGGUCCAGAGCGUGGAGACGUUCACCUUCGGCUCCUCCUCGACGCCGCCGGCUGUCCGUGUCCCCAACAUCGCCUUCGGCUGCAGCAACGCGAGCAGCAACGACUGGAACGGCUCGGCGGGGCUCGUCGGGCUGGGUAGGGGGAGCAUGUCGCUCGUCUCGCAGCUCGGCGCCGGGGCGUUCUCCUACUGCCUCACGCCGUUCCAGGACGCCAACAGCACGAGCACGCUCCUCCUCGGCCCAUCAGCGGCGGCGGCCCUCAAGGGCACCGGCCCGGUCCGUUCGACGCCGUUCGUCGCCGGCCCAUCCAAGGCGCCCAUGAGCACCUACUACUACCUGAACCUGACGGGCAUAUCGGUCGGCGAGACGGCGCUGGCCAUCCCUCCCGACGCGUUCUCCCUGCGGGCCGACGGCACCGGCGGGCUCAUCAUCGACUCCGGCACGACGAUCACCACGCUGGUGGACUCGGCCUACCAGCAGGUGCGGGCCGCGGUCCGGUCCCUGCUGGUGACGCGGCUGCCGCUGGCCCACGGGCCGGAUCACUCCACGGGCCUCGACCUCUGUUUCGCGCUAAAGGCGUCGACGCCGCCGCCGGCAAUGCCGAGCAUGACGCUGCACUUCGAAGGCGGCGCGGACAUGGUGCUGCCGGUGGAGAACUACAUGAUCUUGGGCUCCGGCGUGUGGUGCCUGGCGAUGCGGAACCAGACGGUUGGGGCCAUGAGCAUGGUCGGCAACUACCAGCAGCAGAACAUUCACGUACUCUAUGACGUUCGGAAGGAGACGCUGUCGUUUGCUCCAGCCGUGUGCAGCUCGCUCUGACGACAAAUGCACAGAUAUCCGUGUACAUACAUGCGUACCUGGCUUCUUUAGGUGUUUUUUUUUCG